AGCCUUUUUUCUUUGAGGUAAAGCUGUGGACGGCGCCAUAUUGAAAGACAGAAAUUCUUUUAACAAACGUCUAAAAUAUAAAGAACGCCAAAAUGCUGUACCUAGAGGACUACUUGGAGAUGAUCGAGCAGCUACCCAUGGAUCUGCGCGACAGGUUUACGGAAAUGAGAGAGAUGGACCUGCAAGUUCAGAAUGCCAUGGAUCAGCUGGAGCAGCGCGUGAACGAGUUCUUCAUCAACGCUAAGAAGAACAAGCCUGAGUGGCGGGAAGAGCAGAUGGAGAUGAUAAAGAAGGACUAUUAUAAAGCAUUGGAAGAUGCAGAUGAGAAGGUUCAAUUAGCCAAUCAGAUUUAUGAUUUGGUGGACCGCCACCUCAGGAAACUGGACCAGGAGUUGGCCAAGUUCAAGAUGGAACUGGAGGCCGACAACGCUGGCAUCACAGAGAUCCUGGAGAGACGUUCCCUGGAGAUGGACAGUCCGUCUCAGCCUGUGAACAACCACCACGCCCACUCCCACACCACAGUGGAAAAGAGGAAAUACACAACACCGGUACACCACACAACUGAGCAUGUCCCCGAGAAGAAGUUCAAAUCCGAGGCCCUGCUGUCUACCCUCACAUCUGAUGCUUCGAAAGAGAAUACACCCGGCUGUCGGAGCAGCAGCAUGUCCUCCGCUUCGAACAGUGUGUACAGUGUCAACUCCUCGCAGCCCCUGGCCUCCUACAACCUCAGCUCCCUGCCUGCAGGGGCGGGUGCAGGGGCGGGGGCUAUCACCAUGGCGGCCGCGCAAGCCGUGCAGGCCACCGCCCAGAUGAAGGAGGGCCGGAGAACGUCCAGCCUGAAGGCCAGCUACGAGGCUGUCAAGAACAGCGACUUCCAGCUGGGCCGCGACUUCGGCCUGUCACGCGACGGUGCCGGCUACCCCUCCUCUGCACUGGCAUCCACCCUCACGCAGACGCUGACGCCCACUACUUCCACCGACUCUCGCAGCGGCCGCAAGACCAAAAGCAACACAAAGUCUUCAAACCACCAGUCUUCUUCCUCGUCGUCCUCUUCCUCCCUGUCGUCCUGCUCCUCUUCCUCAGCCCUGGCCCAGGAGCUGUCCCAGCAAGCUUCAGUACUCCCUGAGUCCGAAACCAACAGCCAGGUGGACUGGACCUAUGACCCCAACGAACCCCGAUACUGCAUCUGUAACCAGGUGUCUUACGGCGAGAUGGUGGGAUGUGAUAACCAGGAUUGUCCCAUCGAAUGGUUCCACUACGGCUGUGUGGGUCUGUCUGAGGCCCCCAAGGGGAAGUGGUAUUGCCCACAGUGCACUGCGGCUAUGAAGAGGAGGGGCAGCCGGCACAAAUAAGCACCCUCGCCGCGGCUGGAUGCCCAUCCUGCCACCCCUUCACCCUCUAAAUGAACUGUCACUCACGGACGUGCAUGAAUUCUGCAAAGUGGGCAUACCAGCUGUCUCCACACAGGGCCAAGUGCGCCCUUUGUGAGUUUUGUACAAAGACUUCAUAUGGAUGUCACCUUCUGUUAACCUGUGUGUGUGUGUGUGAGAGAGAGAGAGAGACAGAGAGAGACUGACUCAAGAGCCCUGCAUCAGAUGCCAAGAAGAAAAUACAGGAAAUGCAUUCCAUACAGCGGAUGAAAGCGCACCACCACUGUUGCAGCACAACAUCUGUAUUGUUCUUUUUAUUAUUCAUCUGUAAAUGAUGUCUUCAAAAAAACCCACAAAGGAACAUCGUAACACACUGAUCUCAAUGUUUCUGAGGGAACAGUAUAAUUCUGAGAGGAUGAAAGUGAGCUUCGAGAAGGAAGUAAUGGUAGUGGUGAUUACACAGACGCCAUUCAGCCAACACCCUCUCCAGCAAAGCCAUGGCGUUUUCCUGGUGUCCGUUACCGUGUGUGCAGACAACGCCUAUCCUUUUACUCUAUCUAUUACUCCUUUUUUCCUCCUACGUUGAAAAUCAUGCACAGUGUUUUCAAAGUCAAAUAGUUUUGAUAAUCCCAGGAUUUGGACAUCUUUUAGCAGAAGCAGACUUCAGCAUCUAAUUUGCCUUUAGCUCAGUGAUGCGAUUUGUAAAUAUGAUCUAAUACUGUUGUGUUCUGAAAGAAAUCACCUGCAUCAGCAGUAGUGUGAGGAUAUAACUUUAUUGGUUUUCUCCCUUGGAAUUAUUUUACAGGACAACACAAUUUUACACAGAUCAAAGUUACAUGUACUGAGUUUAUAAGUAAUUUUGCAGUCAACAUGUAUACACAAAGAUUCUCGAGAUAUGUCUUAAGCUUUUGAAGUUUGUCAGAACAAUGCCAGUUUAAUACAGUAAACCUUUUUUAAAUAUUU